AUGUCAGACAACAUUCCCUUCGAACUCCAAGAGAUAAUCAUGAAGAAGCUUCCGGUGGAACCGUUGAUUCGAUUCCGAUCGGUUUGCAAAGCAUGGAAGUCCCUCAUCGACAGUUCCGAUUUCAUUCGAAAUCAUAUCACCCAACAGAAACAGCAACAUCUGCUCGUAAGGUAUCACAGCCUUCUUAUUCGCUACAAAAAAUAUGUUUCAAUUGCUGACAUUGAUGAUGAUACAGAUACAGAUACUGGUACUGAUACAAUUCCCCCAUCCGUCGUUAAUUUAGUUGCACAUCAUACAGACAGCUCUCAUGGAUUAUUGUGUUCGUUCAGUGAAACCGAUAGGAAAGCGGUUAUUUGGAAUCCUUCCAUUAGGAAAGCGGUUGAUGUUGUUCUGCCUGAUAUGGCUGAUGAUGAGAUGUAUACAAUUGUUUUAGGGUUUGGGGUUUGUCGGGAGACUACGGACCCGAAGAUUAUCAAAAUUAGGAUUAGUAGCGAUGUGGAAGGUUUGAUCCCGUGGCAAGUUGAGGUGUUUACGUUAAGCGCGAGGGUUUGGAGAAGUACGUAUAGCAGCAAUGUACCAAGUAAGUUUGUUAUAUUUGAUGAGGAACAGGUGGUUGUAGGUGGAGUUGUUUAUUGGCUUGCUAAUGAUAGGGUUGGUGCUGAAGAUGGGCAUGAUAAUUUGAUUGUUUUGUUUGAUCUGACAAGUGAAGAAUUUGGAGAAGUGAAGCUUCCAGAUAGAUUAGCCUAUAAUAAUUGUCGUUUGUGUAUGUUUAAGCCAAGGGAGUCCCCCGUUGUGAUUGAAGGCUGUGUAGAGGACUAUAAACGGGGUUAUCAUGUAUGGGUGAUGAAGGAUGGUGUUCCAAAGUUGUUUGAAAAGCUCUUCACUAUCAGUGGUCAUACACCGGAUGGAUCACUGGUUUCUUCUGUACUGGGAUUCAGGAAGACAGGUGAGGCUUUAGUCGAAUUACAACCGUAUGGUUCCGUUGGAACACUUGCUGCUUAUGAACCCUACUCUAAAGCCUUCAGUAAUCUUGGAGUUAGUGGAAGAUAUAUCUCUGUGUAUUCCUACACGAAAACACUACUUUUACUUUGA